UACUCUCUGACUACACUCUAGACUCGUACGAAGCUAAGCUGCUGAGCAGAUAGAAGGGCUCAUGAAUGUAGAGACAGUCGUCGCGCGUCUGCGUCGUCGACAACUCGUCGGUUCUUAUGCCGUUGCAAGUGAAACAGCACUCCUCCUACGCCAAGUCGUCUCUACCUUUCGCUGGCAACACAUUGAUCAGCUCAUUGAUCAUGUUCGCGAUGUCGGCUCUCGUCUCGUCACUGCACAACCGCGAGAAUGUGCAUCUGGGAAUAUCGUACGGCAGGUUCUGAAAAUGAUUCGAGAGGAACAUGCUGCUGCCGUUUCUGAGAGAAGGCAAGAGGCAGAAUCUGAAGCGAUGGCGGAUUCCAUGACUUCCUUGGAGAGUGGAUUGCGAGCAACUUCUAUUCUGGAUCAACCUGUACAGAGCUCUAUUUUGAACUUGUUGGGGAGACCAGCACAUCACCCUGCUGCCAUGCGUGCGCGAGCAGGUAGUAAAGCUGCAAAAGACAAGGCAAGCAUGCCAGGCCCUAUUGAUCUGAAACCUGCCUUGAUUGCAGGAAUUCAAAUCAUCAUGGAUGACCUCAAAAAAAUAUACAAGGAUAUUUCAGAAAAGGCACUGGACUAUAUCCAUGCAUCUGAGGUGAUUCUCACACACGGUGCAUCAAGAACCGUGCUGGCCUUUCUCAAAGCAGCGGCAGAGAAGAGAACCUUUACAGUCAUUGUCACUGAAUCCUAUCCCAACGACGUCAGUCAUGCACACAAAAUGGCAGCAGAACUAGGAAAAGCCGGACUCAGAGUCAUUCUUGUUCCGGAUACGGCUGUUUUUGGUAUCAUGUCUGGCGUUAGUAAAGUCUUUUUGGGUACCCAUGCCGUGCUGCAAAAUGGCGGUCUUCUGGCAGCAGCCGGUGCGAAUCUCGUUGCGCGUGCAGCGAAAGCGCAUGCAACACCGGUUGUUGUGGUGACUGGUCUAUACAAGUUGACGCCACACUACCCUUACGACCUAGAAGGCAUGAUUGAGGUUGUCUCGCCAGAGGCUGUCUUGCCAUAUAAAUUUGGCAAGUUGGUGGAUACGGUCGAGGUGGUGAAUCCCUACUACGACUAUGUCGCACCAGAGCUCGUUGAUUUGUAUGUCACGAACCUGGGUGGCCAUCCACCGACCUUCUUGAAUCGCAUCAUGGUGGAGAAUUACGAUACAGAGGAUUACGAUUUGUCAAGCAAGAGACAGGAAGAGGUAUUCGUAUAGCAUUUGAUCUAAUAAGAUUCAAGUUGAGACUACUCUGUCCUGCCAUGCUCGCCCUUGGCUUUCGUCCACGUCUCACUCGUCCAUCGCGAGAUGCGUUGAAAGGCAGCACCGGGAGAGUCGAGCGCAGGUCUGAUAUCCAAGAAAUAGACACUCGCCAUCCCUUCCUCAUCAGGGCCUUCAUAGUAGUCAAUGACAUACCGCGCUUCUGAACCAUCUUGCCGCGCAACAUACCAAUCAUGUCGAUCAAAAGGUGGCGCACCACCCAUCAAGUUGACCACCAUCCACGCCUUGGGUGACGGUGUUGCCGGUCUGCCUGUGAAUCGUCUGAGGAAUGGCUCUGCCUGUGCAUCACGUUCCUUCUCCCAUGUCAGAAUCUCAUUCCAUGCGCCUUCGUUCAAAAAGUUGUGUACAGAAAGCAUGGAUUCGACAUGUUCGCCAGACUGCUC